AUGUCCGAGGCAUACGAGCGCGAGCGCCAGAACAACGCUCGUCUGGAAGAGCUCUCCUCCAAGGUCACCGCCCUGCGCGGCGUCACCGUCGACAUCUACGAUAACGCCCGCGCCCAAGACGUCAUCGACAACACCACCGAUACAUUCACAUCCAUGGCCUCCCAGGUCAAAGGCUCCGCAAAUAGAUUAACGCGAAUGGCGGCGUCAGGAAACAACGUCGCGAUAAUAAAGCUCUCGGCCAUCAUCAUCGGGGCGUUUCUACUGCUCUACUACGGCAUCAAGUGGAUCUUUUGA